AAUCACUUUAGAAAAAGAUAUUGAUUAACAAUGAAAUUAUUUACAACAUUAUUCUUACUAAGUAUAAUAAAUCUAUAUUCGAUUUAUGGUAUAAAUGGAAUGAACGUGAAACAAGCAAAGGCAGGAACAUUAAAUGAUGACAUUCAAGAUUUUAAAAAUAUUUUAUUGGCAAAAAGUGAUGAAUUAAUCGAAUUGUUUGGUAAAUAUUUUGCUGUUGACGAGCAAUUUAGAAAAGAUAUACAAAUUUUCUAUGGCGAAGAAAUGAAACAAUUGAUUAAAAUUAUCGAUGGAAUACCAGAAUUUGAGCAGUUUGUGGAUUAUCUGUACGUCAACGGUGUUGAUGAAAUAUAUGCUCACGUUGCUUUACUUCAUGAGGUAUUAAAUAUUCCACUACCACCAUUUAUCCAAGAGCAUUUACCAAAAACCAACAAAAAAUGCAACAAAAUUAAACGUGAGGCCCCACCAUCGAUUGACAAACCAGGAUUAAAUGGUUUCCUUGAAAAUGCUCUAAAGUUAAUUGACGUCGAAGCGCUCUUGAAUUUAUAUAAUCAAAAAUUAGAGACAAGUGAGCCAUUUCAAAAGUUAGUGGAAUAUUUAAAAAGUGAGAAAAUGCUUGUUAUUGUACGUACUGUACGAAAUGAUCAAAACUAUCAAAAGAUUGUUCAAAGUGCGAUUGCAGUUGGUAUUGAUGUUAAUCGUAUCACAGAAAUUUUACAUAAACUAUUUGGAUGGUAAUAUUCUGAAUGGAAUUGUUAUGAACUUGUUAAUAU